AUGAGUGACAUAUCAGACUCCGAGCUAGAGGCUACCCAAGCUACUCAAGAGAUGCUCGACCCUCGCCGGCUUGGGGAGCAACACACAGGCUUUUCUGACCAGGACCUAGCUGAUAUCAUAUGCAUCCUUAUCCCGUACACCGAUGGUGCAAGGAAGGUGGUGAGAAGGAUGGUCGAUGUCGCCCCCGCAUUCGUCAUGGGGCGGAAUGAUACAAACCGAAUCCAUAUGGACUUCGGCAACGACGAUGAGCACACGUUCAACCUUGCGCCUACAGACCCUUCGGAACAUCACCUCGCCUUUCGAUUUUCGUCCGAGCUCAAAAACCCUCGCGAUGGCUUCGUUUUGGGUCGAAAUCACGAGUGUGAUGUCAUGGUCGGCCAAGAAGAGAGAACCAUCAGCAGGAAGCAAUUCAAGAUUUACUUCAACGAGCAUGGCAGCUUGAUGAUCGAAGAUCUGUCAUUGAUGGGCACAAUAGUAAACGGGCAAUGGUUAAACUCAGGAAGAAGAAGACCUCAGGCGAACCCACCACCCAGACCUCAGGCGAACCCACCACCCAAAAUGUGGACACUGGGGAGCGGAUCGGUGAUAAAGAUUCUCAAUAGCCAGCCAGCGACGAAUGAGGAGGAAAAGCGCAAGAACGACAUUGUCUUCCUGGUUGAUCUUUUCAGAGACUCUCCGCAGGAGUUCGCAGUCCGCGCUCCUGUGAUUGCCACGCGUCAGCUGUCACCAUUACCCAUGCUUGGAUCUAACGGCGUGAGUACUUGGAAGGGGUCUGAUAAGUACAACUUCAAAGGCAAAAUCGGACAGGGUGCCUUCGCUACGGUGUAUAUGGUUACCGACAAAAUGAAUGGACGUCCGUAUGCGGCCAAAGAGCUUGAAAAACGGAGGUUCAUGAAAAAUGGAGUGCUUGACCUAAAGGUCGAGAAUGAGAUGAAGAUCAUGCAACGAGUAUCACAUCCGAACAUCGUUCAGUUCAAAGAGCACCUGGAUCCUGAUGAUAAACACCUUUACAUAAUCAUGGAGUUUGUCGGUGUCGGUGACGGUGAUUUAGGAAAGUAUAUCGGCACAAACGGUCCCUUUUCAGAACCAGAUACCAAGACGAUAGCGAGGCAGUUGGUGGACGCUCUUGGGUAUCUGCAUGAUAUGAACAUUACUCACCGCGAUGUUAAGCCCGACAACAUCCUCAUUCAAUCCCGGUUCCCGCUAGUUGUCAAGCUCUCAGAUUUUGGGCUUUCUAAAAUGAUCGAUCACGAUGCAACAUUUCUUAGGACGUUCUGCGGUACCUUGCUCUACUGUGCGCCCGAAGUUUAUGCAGAGUUCGAAGAGUACGAUGAACUUUGCGAGCGAAAGACGCGUCGCAGCUACCCGCGUCAACCUCGCCGGAGCCAGAGAUACGAUCACAACGUCGAUAUCUGGUCCUUGGGCGGUGUUCUGUACUUCGCCUUGACCACCCAGCCACCGUUCCCUGCCCGAAACGGUGUCGGUCACACUGAGUUCCUGCACCAGAUUAUGACAACUUUUCCCGACUUCGACCAGCUCAUCAAGGCGGAUCCCCCUGUUUCACUUGAUUGCCGCGAUUUCUUGAAGCAAAUGCUCAGUCGAAGACCCGAACAUCGACCAACGGCAAAGAUGUUGCUGAGCCAUCCAUGGAUCCGCACUCCCCACUAUUCUCCAAAUGUCGCACCGUCUUGCUCACAAAAUGGCGGAGUAGACGAACUGCUGGAAGCUGAAGCGUCUCAGCUGAGUUUAACAGACAGACCGGCAGCGACACCGGUACGAGAGGAGGAAGGAGAUGUCACCGUUGCGAGUGAUGACAACUUGCUUCCAAAAGAGCAUAUCAAUGACGCAGAGCAUGUCAGUGGCUCGGAGGAGGAUAAAGAGAACUACGCCUUCAGGCCGGCCACUCAGACCAAGCAUUUGUUUGGUGAGGUUGGCCAAUCGGCGCUGGGAAGCCAGGGGGAUGUGAUUGCAGAACGCAUAAAUCUGCCCGCCACGCCAAAAAGCGGAGGAACUUCCAAGCUGUUCAGGUCCAAAGCUGAGAUUCCAGAUAGUCAAGAUAAUUCUGAGGACGAGGGAGACAUUCUUGGUCAAGAUGUUCUAGCCGGGCAGUGGCCACAGAUACUUCCGGGUGAUUCACAGGAUUAUUCUGCUUCGUCUGACCCGAACGCGUCAGUCGACGUGCCUCCCAAGGGUAACUUGCAAAGCCUGGAGGGUGCUGCGAGCAUAAUGGGCCAACUCGAGAUGCAGUCCUGCCGUGGCUUUGUUACACCAUCAGUUGGAGCUGACUCGAUGAGGAGCAAACGGAAAUCUUCCUUUGCAAUAAACACCAAUCCAAGGUCGUCGACUGACAAUGAGCCUGUUUCUAAGAAGCGCCGAUCUAACAGGGUCGGUGAUAUUCUGAACCGGGAAAUAGCACCCAUCGAGAACGAAGAUGAGUUACUCGUCCAGGUGCCCCCGAUCAAGACCUAUUCAGAAAAGGUCACAUCACCUAAUCCGGAACCACAGAUCAAGUCAGCGUACUGGGACAGUCUGGACCCAUCUAGCAGUCAUCUAAACUAUCCUGAGAUGACAGUGGCACAAUGGAACGCCUUCCGUUUAGCGGCUGAGGACAGAAAUAAAAGAGAUAAGUCAAACGAAAAGUUUGCACCAGGCAAAAGCCCAUUAUGGGCUCUGGCGGAGAAAUAUUUUCCGCCCAUGAGCAAGAUCAAGACAGAUCUACCCCUUCUGUGGACUGUGGCAAAGGAGAGCGGGGUCGAGACAGGGACAGUUAAACGAAGACCCAAGGAAAUUGCAGCGUGGGCCUACUUACGGUCGUCAGACGAGUCCAUAUUACCUGGCAUUUCGAUUAGAAUCAGCACGUCGAUAGUCACUUGGGGCAGUUCACCCGAGAACACCCAACGCUACGAGAACAACGAAGGCUAUCCCGACAAGCCUGAAAAUAAGAUACCGGAAUGCGCGUUGAAGAUCAUGGUCUGGAGGGAAAAUAAUUUUGACCCCUCAAUCCGAUCUGUGCCCUGGACUCAAUACUGGGGUGAUAACGAGGACUUUUACUUUUACAUCGCCACCAAGGCCGCCGACGGAAUUUAUGUCAACGGCCGACCCUUACCUUCGAAUGAUCCCGGUAAACGAGAGAGCAGCUGCAAGAACUGGAUGCGACUAUACAACGGCGACAGGAUUAUCGUCUGGAAUGAUCCCAACGACGAUGGCACCCUCAACAAGAUCGAGUUCGUCUUUGAAUGCAGCUGGGGCGGCAGUCAAUUAAGCCGAGAGUCCUCCGUACACAGAACGCCAGAAUUGGUGAGCGAAGAGGUAGCUGAGAAGCUCGAUGAGAUAUGCGUCAAGGCCGAGAAGAGUAUGAAGAAGUAUGCACCCGUCUACGAGAUGUACCCGGAGGAUUCGGCGGAUUGCGAAGAGCCUCUCAUUCCGGCUCGCGGCAGUCCUCGCGGCAGUCAUGGUCAGAUCUUCGCAUUUGACUGA